AUUCAUAACAGAAUAAGGAGGAAUACCCAUGACACAGUCUUCAUGGUUAUAACUGGUCACAUGGUGACAGCUGAUAUUUUAUGACUACCUUUUUCUACUACUCACUCCCUUUACCUUCAGCAAGAAAUCAGUUAGUUACAGUUCUUGCCUGGUAGAAUGAUCCAAGUCUUCAUUGCUGAAAGGUAUGGGCCAUUAAUACCCCUACCUGAGUUCAGUUAUAAUCUCCCAUGAACUUAAUCACAGAGUCUGGCAAUGUUAAGAGAUACCCAAAAGGAUCUCCUAUAUUCCAGCUUUCCAUUGUGGAGUAGGAAUCCAAUUUUCUCUUGCUAGUCAGGAUCAAUUAACUCAGCCAUCAUGGUAACUCCCUUCUUUGCUUAUUGAUCAUAGGAGUGAGGAGUGCAAAGUGGCCAGGUAGCAAUCUUAAUUUCUACUUUAGUGGAAUCAUUGUUGUGUUUCCUUUAGAACUAAGACUGGCAGAGCAAAAGGUCAUAGAACAGGAAACAAAUUUUACUAGUGGAUCACUAGAGGUAAUGCCAAUUGAUACUGCUUCCAUUUAUGUUCCUUGAUUCCUGAAUCCAUGAAUCCUACCUAUGGGAGAAACAACACCAGCUACUGAACUGAGAUUCAGAACAGAUAAAGCCUUCUGGAGCACCUUGCCCCAGCCCUUAAGAUACCUAGCUGGCACUUUAUCUGAGUCUUCAAAGGCCGUUUUACCAUUCUAUCAAGCCAGCUGCUUCAGGAUGGUGGGAAACAUGGAAAAAUCCCUGAAUUUCAUUGCUGCUCUUCACUUGCCGUGAAGUGAGUUAUUUGAUCAGAAGCAAUGAAGUGUGGAAUACCAUAAUGAUGGAUUAGUCAUUCUGGAAACCGCAGAGAGUAGUUUUGGCAGAAUCAUUGCAUGCAGGGAAGCCAAAUUCAUAUACAGAGUAAGUGUCUAUUCCAGUGAAAACAAAGUGUUUCCCCUUUCACGGUAGAAAUGGUACAAUGUCAAAAGUGGUCUAAGAAAGUUUCCAACUCCUUUCUGCCAUGUGAGAACAUAGAAGUUUGCAAACCAGAUGAAGCUCUUUGGCAGAACCUGACAUGCUAGCACCCUGAUCUUGUACUUACAGUCUCCAGAACAGUAAGCAGUAAGUUUCUGCAGUUUAUAAGCCAUCCAGUCUAUUGUGUUUUGUUACAACAACCCAAAUAGACUGACAAUGAGAAACCAGGAGGUCUGCUUGAAGUUCUGCCCACUGGAAGGAUUACGGUUUAUCACUGUCCUCAGGGAUGUUCCAGAAAGGAGCUGUAGUUGUCCACUCUCAGGUGGCACCCAUAUAUUGUGCAGAAUCAUCUGUAAGCCAGGCAAGAAUCUUCUCCUCCUCUGUCACCUUAUGGUAGGGAAUUUCCCAUUAAGACACAGGUACGGUUUUCAAGAUGGCGACUCCCUAUGUAACUGACGAGACUGGCGGCAAGUACAUCGCUUCAACACAGCGACCUGACAGGACCUGGCGAAAGCAGCGGAGGGUGAAAGAAGGCUAUGUGCCCCAGGAGGAGGUCCCAGUGUAUGAAAACAAGUAUGUGAAGUUUUUCAAGAGCAAACCAGAAUUGCCCCCCGGCCUGAGCCCAGAGGCCACUGCCCCCGUCACCGCAUCCAGGCCUGAAGGCGGUGAGCCAGCCCUCUCCAAGACAGCCAAACACAACCUGAAGCAGAAGGAGAAGAGGCGGCAGCAGCAAGAGAAAGGGGAGGCGGAGGCCUUGAGCCGGACUCUUGAGAAGGUGUCCCUGGGAGAGACAGCCCAGGUCCCCAGUGCCCCACAGGCCCGGGCAGCGCCCGCGGCCGCCUCAGACCAGCCCAACUCAGCCGCCACCACUGAGAAGGCCAGGAAGAUAAAGAGCCUGAAGAAGAAGCUUCGGCAGGUGGAGGAGCUGCAGCAGCGGGUCCGGGCUGGAGAGGUCAGCCAGCCCAGCAGAGAGCAGCUGGAGAAGCUAGCGAGGAGGAGGGCCUUGGAGGAGGCGCUGGAGGACUUGGAGCUGGGCCUGUGAGGCCCUCGGGGAUUAGGGGUGGACUGCACAAUAAACCAUGGGGCUCUCUGGGGUCCUGGGGAACGUGGGCAGCAGCAGUCGGCAGGGGUGUCCCCGGGCUGGCUCACUUCCACUUCUCAUGGCCCGACUCCAUCCUCCAGAGCCUAGCCUCUCCCUCAUUCCUUCCCUUUUGUCCCUAACUCCUGUUUUUUUGGACUUCUCUCUCUCUCUCCCCUAUCCCCAGUGUUCACGAUCUCAGUGACUAUCCCAGGUACCUUUGCUGCUGAUUUGGGUGUCUUGUUUAAAAGAAGAUUGGGUGGGUGGGAGUCUCUUGGAGAGCUGAGGUUGAGGACUGGGGAGCACGCCCAGGUCUUGGAGUCUUGGUUCCUCCUCACAGUGUUUAUGGGUUAUCUCCCCUUCCAUCCCUCACCUCUUUUUUUUUUUUUUUCCUUUUUUUAAAAAGAACAGAAUAAACUCAAGUAGACAACAA